AUCGAUAUUUUCACCACUAGCCAGAACUUGAAAUGUUUUACUUCGACUUGGCCAUUUAAAUUUAAUAUUCUGAAUAGUGAAUACUUAUAUUUAAUUUGUACAUCCGUUUUAUUGAAUUUGUUAAUAUGGCUGGUUUAGGUCUUGCGGAGAUGUGGACCGUUCGUUUAUUAAAACAACCCUUUACUCAGGUCAGUAAAAUUAUUUACAUUGUAACUAAAUACAUACAUGCAAUAUGAUGCAAUUUCACCUUGUAAACAUCAUUAUUUUACUUUUACAGCAAAUUAAGCAGUUCCACAUUUCAACCGCUUUAGCAGCAUCUGAGACCGUUACUCAAGAAAAAGCACCAAAAAUCAAAACUGUACAAGUGUACAGAUGGAAUCCAGAAACUCCCGAGGUCAAGCCUAAAAUGCAAGAAUACAAGAUUGAUUUGAAUUCGUAAGUACUUAGGUAUUUAUUACCAACAUUUAAAUAAUGGUUAGACCUAGUACGUUUCUAGAAGCAAGUGUAAGACACAAGUGUUGAGCGUGUCAAAUUUCUGCUUAAUAAAUAUUUUUUAAAUCGGCUUGACAAUCCGAAAAUUCAAUACCUGUUAUAAAUACAUACUAUAAUAUCUACAGAAAUUAAAAUUUAAGAGAAUUACCCUUGGAAUGGUAUAAUUAUUACUUUGGUAUUAUUAAUUAGGUGUAUAAUAUUAUGUGCUUAAUAUUUUUAUAUAGUGGUUAAAUAAGUGAUUCUUUGUUAUGAUUUGACCAAUUAAGGUAAAAUAAGUUUCAUAGCUGAAUGUAUAAAACGCCAUUGUGGUUUCAAAGUCAUUGUUAACAUAUUUUUAUUAUGCAAUCCAUAACUUAAAAGUAAAAUAAUUAUCUAUUCUUAGAAGAAUGUAUACUUUGAGCCAAUUCAUAACAGAUACACAAUUCACAUAAGUAUUUUACAUUUUCCUUCUUUUUUUUUUUUUCUGGACACAGUUUAAUUAACCCAGUAGUUUAUACAUAUAAUUGUGAUACACCAGAUAGUAUUGAUGUAAAAUCUUCAACUUCAUAUUUCAUAAUAAAUUGUUGACAAAUUUGAAUUCUUCAAUUAGAUUUUGGAUAAUAUUUUGUUGGCAAUAAUUAUAAUUUUAGUAUAAUAUUGUUUGUAAACUGUGUUUAUAAUUUUAUUUUAUUUUUAAUAGCUAAUUUAAUUCUAAAAUUCAGUCAAAUAGUAUUUUUUCUGUUUGAUAUUGAUUUAUUGUUUUUUUACAGUUGUGGUCCUAUGGUUCUGGAUGCUUUGAUUAAAAUCAAAAAUGGUGAGGAUUCAACAUUAACUUUUAGACGUUCUUGCCGUGAAGGUAUUUGUGGUUCUUGUGCUAUGAAUAUUGGUGGAGUUAAUACAUUAGCGUGUAUUAGGUUUGUAUUUAAUAUUUGAAAACAAAAUUUGUGUUGAUUUUUCAAAGUAUGUAAUCUAAUGUAUUCAAAACAAUUUUGUUUUAUUGUCUAGUGGUAUUAAUCCAGACUUGUCAAAACCAUUGAAAAUAUACCCGCUGCCUCACAUGUAUGUAGUUAAGGAUUUAGUGCCAGACAUGAAGUUGUUCUACAAACAAUAUGCUUCUAUUGAACCGUGGCUGCACACUGAUGUAACACCCAGUAAUAACAAAGAGCAUUUGCAACAUACACAAGACAGAGAGAAACUUGUAAACUAUUAAUAAAUACUACGGUUAUUUUUUAAAAAUUGAAUAUUUAAUUUUUUUAGGAUGGUUUAUAUGAAUGUAUUCUAUGUGCAUGUUGUUCUACCUCAUGCCCUUCAUACUGGUGGAAUUCAGAGAAAUACUUGGGACCAGCGGUACUCAUGCAGGUAAUUAUUUUAUUAUGUUUAAUUAUAUUUAAAAAAAAUUGCGAAUAUUAUUACUUGUAAACACUUAUUAACAUUAUAUAACUUAUUAACAUGGUGAUUAAAAUACCACAUAGAUACAACAUAUACAGUGUGAAAACGCUAACUGAGAACACUCAAUAAAUUUGCGUAGAGUCCUGCGAUUUGAAUUCUGCUUUUUGGUCAGUUGUUAUGACAUAAAAAUACACAUUUUUAUAGCCUUUGAAUUUUUUAAACUUAAUUAGACAUGCGCAUGCACAGUGCAACUUUUUUUUCUUAAAUAAUAACCACAAAUUAUUUUUUGUCUAAUUUUGUAAUGAAUUUUAGUAGUAGGACCAACUUUCUAAGUCCAAAAUUGACUAAGUUAUAGUAAUUCAACCAAAAUACACGCAAUUUACAGUUUUUUGACUGUAACUCUAAAAAUAAUUAUUUUAGGAUUGUUUAGGCUGACGUAAAUGCUGAACUAAAUCAGGUCGAUAUGGAUGUAUUUUAUAUUUUUUUAAAAUCUUACAAACUGCGGUAUGAGAUAUUCCAAGUUCUCUACCAACGUACCAUAUAGAAACUCCGGGAUUUGCUCUAACAUAGACUAAUAAUUGUUGCUCAACCUCUUCAUCUAAAGCAUCACCUCGUCUUUGUUGUUGAUUUUUGACCCUUUUAGAAAAUGACCCAUAGAUUCUAAGAUUCCUUUUUAAGUUAUAAAUAAAACUAUGGGCAGGAUGUUCUCUAUCUUAAGUAUUUAAUAAAAGAAACGAAAAUAAAUUAGAAAAUGAUGUAAACAAAAAUUAAAGAAAAUUCUAAAUCAUACCUGGGUAACGUUGAGCAUAAGUUUAUGCUGCACGGCGCGCAUUUUUUUGACACUCCCAAUAAAUAAAUAAAUAAAUAAAUAACAUCAACUUUUUGCGAAUGAUUCAUAUUGGUCACGGAAGUAAUGUACGUGUUUGAACGAUGAGAAAUAGUGAAAUGUUCAGCCACUUCAUUUAUUUAUCGUAUUUAAUUUUGUACCAAAUUGUCAUACAGAUAAAUGUUUACUCUAAGGUAGAUAUUACUUAAUGUUUAAUUUUAUAAUGACCAAUAAAAUACAAUAAGUAUUAGAUAACAUUUAUUUUCCAAUUUAAAAUAACAUAGGUUUAGAGAACAAUUUGAACAAUUUAUACGUUAAAUUAAUUAAUAACUAAAUAAACUUAUACAUCCUAAUAGAUCCAUUAAAUGUAAUGAAAUAAACAACAUACUUAUUUACGUUUUUUCUGCUAUAAGUUACCUCAAACACAAAUUACAGUGAAAAUUAAACAGCAAUUAAGUUUAUAAUUAUGUGGGAUUAUCAACUUAAUAAUUAGGGAUGAAAAUGUCAAGCCUAAACAAUCCUAGAAUAAUUAUUUUUAGAGUUACAGUCAAAAAACUGUAAAUCGCGUGUAUUUUGAUUGAAUUGCUAUAACUUAGUCAAUUUUGGACUUAGAAAGUUGGUUUAACUACUAAAAUUUAUUAAAAAAUAAUUUGUGGUUACCAUUUAAGAAAAAAAAGUUGCAUUGCGCAUGCACAUGUCUAAUUAAGUUGAAAAAAUUCAAAGGCCAAAUGUGUAUUUUUAUGUCAUAACAACUGACCAAAAAACAGAAUUCAAAUCGCAGGAUUCUAUGUAAAUUUAUUGAGUGUUCUCAGUUAGCGUUUCCACACUAUAUAUAUUAGCCUAUUCAAUUAUUUUCUAUGAGAUGUGAUUUUCAUAGUAAUUUUCAAUUUUCAUGAGCUAAGUGACUGAAUCAAUCAAACAAGAAACACCAGUUACUUGAAUAUAUACCAUAUUUCAAUGUCAAAUUCAAUUACGAUUUAUACAAUUGUCUUUGCUGGAUACUAAAACAGAAUAAUAUUGAUACUUAAAAUGAAAAACCUUAUUCAGUAGAUAACCGAUUACAUUUUUGUUUAUCUUCAAAUGUCAUUUUAAUUAUUUAUAAUUUAAAUGGACAACCCCAAUUACAAUAAUGGUAUCAUACGUGAAAUACAUUAAUAAAUGUGUACAUUACUUAAUAUUAUAUGAAGAUCAAUUUAAAUUUAAGUGAUUAAAGGUUAAACUACUAAGAUAUAUCAUUAAAAAAAUCAAAUUAAUUAUAUAUAAAAAUAUCAAUAUAACAAUUAUUUACAGGUUGCAUGAAUCUAAUUAUAGGAAAAUUCUUGCUUUAUAAAGAACACUAAAAUUGCACAUAGUAUCAACCUGUUUGGUUGUAUAACCCGGAACUAAAAACAUUGUUUUUGAAAACAGAUCGAAGCAGUAAAUACAUUUUUUCAAUAAUUUAUGAAUAAAACAAAUAUCUUGGUUUUUCUUCUAAUUUUUAGAGUGCCAGAUUUAAGUAUAACAAUAUACUAGGUUGAUGAGUGAGGUUGUUAAUUAUUAUAUUAAAAAUAAGUUAAGCUACCUUAUAUUGUAAUUUUAACACUACAAUAUUUCUUAUCUUGACUAUGACCGAGUUUAUAACUUAUACCAAUAUUAUUAAAGUUAUACUUAGUCAAUAUUAAAAUUUAAUCUAUCUUAUUUUUAACCUUAGGCAUACCGUUGGAUCAUUGACUCUAGAGAUAAAGCUACAGCAGAACGAUUGGACAAAAUGAGAGAUCCCUUUUCUGUUUUUCGUUGCCACACUAUUAUGAAUUGUACUAAAACAUGCCCAAAAGUAAGUCAUAUUUGUUUAUUUAUAUCCAUAUUAAUUAUUAACAUUAUAUGAUACAAAAUUUUAUAGGGUUUGAAUCCUGGUAGAGCUAUUGCUCGUAUCAAGGGUCUUCUUUCUGGGGUGACCAGCAAGGAAGAACCAAAAGCUAUUGCACAAUAAAAUUGUAAUAUUAUUGUUUUUUAGUAUUUUUUAAGCGUUCAAAUUUAAGUGAACACUUUGUAACCUGGUAAUAACACCUUGCUAAAUUUUAUCUAGAUUUAGGCACUGGAAAUAUGUAAUAGUUAAUUUAAACUUAUUUUUAAAAAAUAAAAUUAUAUUAAAUUUUAUUAUG